UGAAACGCACGGGGGCCGUCAGCGCCCGGCCGCGCCAGGCUCCGAUCCUGCCUCCCGCCGGCCCGAGCCUUUACCUUUCCUGUGCUUGGGCUUGCUUUUGGAAAGGCCCAUGGGUGAGCCCGCCGCCCCCGCCGGCGCAGGUCCGAGCGCCCCCACGCGCGCUCGCCGCCCCAGACCCCGACUGCCUCACAAAGGGGGAGCACGGCCGCCGGCGGCGGCGCGGGUCGCCAAGCAACCGCCUCAGGGCCGCGCGCCCUCUCGCGAGAACUGGCGACCGGAAGGCCCAGCGGGGCGGAGCUGGCCGGCGCGAUCGUCUGGGCUCGGCCGCCGGACCGACCAUGGAGGAUACGCUAUUCCAGCUGAAGUUCACAGCAAAGCAGCUGGAGAAGCUAGCCAAGAAGGCGGAGAAGGAUGCCAAGGCUGAGCAAGCCAGGGUGAAGAAGGCCCUUCAGCAGAAAAACGUGGAGUGUGCCCGAGUGUAUGCUGAGAAUGCCAUCCGCAAGAAGAAUGAAGGCGUGAAUUGGCUCCGCAUGGCGUCCCGCGUGGACGCGGUGGCCUCCAAGGUGCAGACGGCCGUGACCAUGAAGGGGGUGACUAAGAACAUGGCGCAGGUGACCAAAGCCUUGGACAAGGCCCUGAGCACCAUGGACCUGCAGAAGGUCUCUGCUGUGAUGGACAGGUUCGAGCAGCAGGUGCAGAACCUGGAUGUGCACACGUCGGUGAUGGAGGACUCCAUGAGCUCAGCCACCACUCUGACCACACCUCAGGAGCAGGUGGACAGCCUCAUCAUGCAGAUUGCCGAGGAAAACGGGCUAGAGGUGCUGGACCAGCUCAGCCAGCUGCCCGAGGGCGCCUCUGCUGUGGGGGAGAGCUCUGUGCGCAGCCAGGAGGACCAGCUGUCGCGGAGGUUGGCUGCCUUGAGGAAUUAGCCACGCCCUCCCCUGCCCUUCCCCACUGCGUCUUGCCUUCCUACUGACCCUGCUGGGCGACAGCCCCGCCUCUCAGCUGCUGUCACCUGCCAGGCCUCUGUGGCCUUUGGAACCCUUCCCGUUUUCUUGGGUUGGACGGCACGUCUGUUCCACUACUGUUUGCACUUCUGUGACUCUGGGCCAGCCACAAGGACGCUGGCCGAGCUCCCCUUCGCCUUCAGCCUCCAUGAACUUCAGCCUGGCACAGUGAGGGCCAGGCAACUCCUGGAGCCUCUCCUCCCACUUCAGCAGGGAGCAUCCCCACCUGUGGCCGGUGUGUGCUGGGGACAUGGCAGACAACGGUCUCCUCCUCUUGGCUCCCCUGGCUCUUCAAGGUGCCCAGACCACAGGGGCAGGCAGGACUGGCAUCCACUUCCAGGUGCCCACUCUGGGGGUCAGCCUUGCUGAGCAGCUGCCUCUGGGUGUGCUUGGAACUCUGCCGAGUGCCCCAGCAGGUGUGUGCUCGUGCCCUCAUCGCUCCAGGAAACGCUCCCAGCACGGAAGGCAGGAGCUUUGCCUGUGGCCAGCAGUGGCGGCUGCAAAGACAGCGUGCUGCUGUGUCCACGGUGGAACAGCUGGCAGCAGCUCAUUGGCGACAUGCUGGCUUCACCUGAGGGGGCCUUGGCCAGAGGUUGCUGUCUUGUUUCUUCUGUUUCCCAAAGUUUACUUCAUUUCUGUGA